AUGUCUUACAACAACCGUGACAACGACUAUAGCUCCAGCCGCUCUGGUGGAAAUGAUAGCUAUGGCUCUCGCCAAGGCAAUGAGUCCUACGGAUCCUCCGGUCUAGGAAGUGAUUCGUACGGUUCCUCCAACCGCUCAGGAAACUCUGGCUACGGUGGCUCUGAUUCCUACAACUCCUCCAGCCGUUCUGGAGGAAAUGACUCCUACGGUUCCAGCCGUGACAACGACAGCUAUGGCUCCUCCGGUAACAAAAACAGCGGCAGCGGCUCCUACGGCUCGUCCAACCGGGACAAUUACGGUUCUUCCAACGAUUCUUACGGUUCCAGCAACCGCAAGGACAACGACUCCUACGGAUCCUCUGGUGAUUCCUACGGAUCCAAGAAGGACAACCAGAGCUCUUACGGUUCCAACAGUGACAACUACGGUUCCAGCAACCGCAAAGACAACGACUCCUACGGAUCUUCUGGGGAUUCCUAUGGUUCCAAGAAGGACCACAGCUCUUCUAGUGGUUCUUAUGGUUCUAGCCGCCGUGACAACGACAACGAUACCUCUUAUGGUUCUAAGAAGGAUAGUUACGGCUCUUCUAACGACUCCUACGGCUCUAAGAAUGACUCUUAUGAUUCUAAGAAGGACAGCUAUGGCUCCUCCAGUGGCUCAUAUGGUUCCAACAAUGACAACAAGAGCAGCUCCUACGGAUCUUCUGGUGAUUCCUACGGCUCCAAGAAGGACCACAGCUCUUCCAGUGGCUCUUAUGGCUCUAGCCGUCGUGACAACGACAACGAUAACUCUUAUGGUUCUAAUAAUGACAGCUACGGCUCCAGCCGUCGUGACAAUGAUAACGAUAACUCUUAUGGUUCUAAGAAUGAUAGCUACGGUUCUAGCCGUCGUGACAACAACGACUCGUAUGGUUCCAGCCGUCGUGAUAACGAUAGCAGCUCUUACGGGUCCGGUAACAACUACGGCUCGAAGAAUGACAGCUAUGGAUCUUCUGACUCCUACGGUUCUAAGAACCAGGGUGGCUCGUACGGAUCCAGUGAGCGCUCUGGAUACGGUAACUCUGGUUACUAG